UGAUCCCAAGUUCGUUCCAUACGUCACUCCAAAAGCCCCAAAGGAAGCUGUUAUUUCUAUACCAGCUCCUUCGUCUUCUUCAACCUCAACUUUUGUCCCCACUAACUUAGAUUUAGAAAUUGUUCAAGAAGUUUUUGGUUCGCUACCAGAAAAAAUAAUGGAUUUUGAAUUCUUUGACAUAUCUAAAAUUGCCACUCCUAAUAAAUUUUCACCAGUUAUUCUACCUUCGAAUAACAACAAUAAUAAUAACAACAAAGCUGAUGAGAUCCCUGAAAACUCUUCUUUAACCAAAAAUAG